UAAACAAGGAAGUGAGACAGCCGUGUCGGAGCUCCGUGGGGUUGGAGAGGCAGUCCUGCUUUAUAAAGGCAGCAGAACAGGUGGUCGUGCUGAACGCUGAGGUAUUGAGGCCGAGAUCAGAAAGUUUUCCUCGGUCUGAUUUGCUUUCCCUCUCACUAGCAUGCAGUUCGCGCUAGUCUUUUCCGUCCUUCUGUGUCUGGCAGCCCGCAGCGUUGCCCGCAAACCUCAUCCAUGCAGGGCCCCUCCUCUGUUGACGGGAAGUCUGUCACUGGGUUCCACUGAAAAUGUUUGGGCUUACGGCCGCUACAUUUACGAUGCCCUGGGAGAGAGGAUUCGUUUUUUUGAAGUGGGUCAGUACAAGAACCAGUCUUUCGGUUUCGACGCUCUCCUGCUCUAUCGUGAGGGUGUGAAAUACUACAUUAACGACAAAAACCGCACAUGUGGUAAAGUCGCCCUAAAACAAACCUUCCAACCUGUGGAAAUCCCCAAAAACUCCACGCUGGUGAAUCAGAUUGUUUUGGGCAGCUCCUCCGGUCCAGGUCAGGGUCUGCUGGUCAACGUCUGGGGCGGAGAAGUGCCCGAGGAACAAGGAAAGUACAUGUCUACCGUUACUGAGUUUGGCUGCAUACCCAUCUCCACACUGUAUUACUCCCCCAAAACAGGCUGGACCAUCAUCAGCUAUUUCAACAUCGUCCAGGGCGUCGAGGAUCCAAACAUGCUGAACCCUCCUCCGUUCUGUAAGGACGCCAAACUGAUUAACAGUGCAGCCGAGGACUUCUUCAGCACUUUCCUCUGAGGGAACCCGGGACAGACCUGACAAAGUCUCACCAAAAGUGCUUUCAAUUUCAGCCUGUCCUGUCAAACCAAUGGCAUCUUCAUGUUUUAAUGUGAUUUUUUUACAUGUUUCCCUGUUGCUGCCUGUCACAUUGUUUCGAUUGAUUCUGGUGAAUCAGAGUUGACUGUAAUCGUAAUAAUAAUAAUAAUAAAAGGGGUUUUGAUUUUUGUUUCGAAUCUUAUACUAAAACCAUUCUCAUGGUUGAGACACUUUGAUAAGCAAGUUUUCAUAAGCGGUUUUUGUUUGUUACUUGGGCAUUGUACAAUAAACACGUAAAAGAGA